GGACUAUGUAAAGAUGGCGGAGCUACAGAUGCUGCUGGAGGAGGAAAUUCCAGCCGGACGCAGAGCUUUACUGGACAGUUAUACCAACCUGGAAAGAGUAGCGGAGUACUGCGAAAGCAACUAUGUCCAGUCUGCAGACAAACACCGAGCGCUGGAGGAGACAAAGAGCUACACCACCCAGUCUCUGGCUAGUGUCGCCUACCUUAUCAACACCCUGGCCAACAAUGUGCUGCAGAUGCUCGACAUCCAGGCCUCACAGCUCCGCCGCAUGGAAAGCUCUGUCAACCACAUUUCACAGACAGUCGACAUCCACAAGGAGAAGGUGGCGAGGCGAGAGAUCGGCAUCCUGACUACCAACAAAAACACUUCCCGCUCCCAUAAAAUCGUUGCUCCAGCCAAUCUGGAGAGGCCUGUGCGCUACAUCAGGAAGCCCAUUGACUACAGCGUGCUGGAUGACACUGGACAUGGAGUCAAGUGGUUGAUGAGGUUCAAGGUAAACGGCCAGCAGAGUUUAAAACUAGGAGGUCUGUCCCGGUCCAACCCACCGACCCAGAAACCGCCCAGUCCUCCAAGAGCAGGGAAAGGAAUUCUGGGGCACAAGAACUCCCCCUACAGGACACUGGAGCCAGUACGCCCCCCUGUGGUGCCCAACGAUUAUGCCUCCAGCCCGACAAGAAACAAUAUGGGUGCUGGACAGCUUCCCAGUCCCGUCCGCACCGCCACCCUGAACCAACGACCCAGAACAUACAGAAACUCUCCUGCUCACCAAGCUGACUCGUCUCCUCACAGAAACUCACAGACAAACUUACCAAACACCAACACCUCCCCCCCUCCUAACCCUUCACCUAGCACCUCAGAGGUCCAAUCACAGCUGUCUUCUCUCCCUCCUCCUGCUCCUCCUCCUUCACUCUCCUCCUCAUCACCUGCUGAAGGUCCCAUCGUCCCUCAGUUCUACAGUAUGAAUCGCCCUCAGCCUCGACAGCAGACCCCACAGGUGGGAGGGUCACUUCCAUACCGCCGUCCCCCCUCUGUGACCGGUCAGCCAAUACCUACGCACAACCACGUCAACGGAGGACCCUACUACAACCAGAGCCCAGCCUCCCCUCCGCCCCCAUCGCUCCUGCAGUACACCCCUCAGCUGCCUCUGAUGGGCUUCGUCGCUCGAGUUCAAGAAUCUAUUACAGACACUCUUCCUCCUCAACCAGCAGCAGAGAACCAAUCAGGGCCUGACGACUCUCUGUCCUCUCCAAAGCCUUCAGAGGAAGGACACGCUGAGGACGACUCCAAAGUGGUGGAGUACAGCGAUCCAUACGCUGAAGAGGACCCACCAUGGGCCCCAAGGAGCUACUUAGAGAAAGUUGUUGCCGUAUACGAUUACACAGCAGACAAGGAGGAUGAGCUGUCCUUCCAGGAAGGAGCCAUCAUUUACGUGGUGAAGAAGAACGAGGACGGCUGGUUUGAAGGGGUGAUGAACGCCACCACCGGCCUCUUCCCCGGGAACUACGUAGAGUCCAUCAUGCACUACGCCGACUAAAGACCCGCCCUUCCAGGUGGACCUCAUCGAACCUGCAGUUCUGUUCAUUUGUCCAGAACCUGAACAGUAAAGAUCACUUUGUUCUACUUUUAUAUUUUCCUCCUGUGGUUCAGUUUAUCAUAGUUAAUAUUCAUUUAUUGGGAAAUUCUGAUUAUUUAUUGGAUCAGUUUAGCUGGUUUAUCUGAAGCCUUCAUGUAUUUUUCUAACAUCCACUAUGUUGAAAAUGUUCUGUUCUUUAGGUGAAUAUGGUGUGAAUUUCAGGUAGUUCAGCCUGGUCCAGUUUCCAAACCCUUUUCCUGAUAAAUAAAUCAAUAACUGCUACAGAUACAGGAUGUUUUAGCAGUGAAUAAAACCAUCGGUCAGGAAGCUGUUUUUCAUUUCUUCUGGUUUAGGUGAAGAAGGAUCUAUUUUAAUGCUGCAGACACCAACAGUAAUGUUACUGAUUCUUUGUCUUUGUCUCCUGUACAGCAAUAAGAAAAAAAGUUGUAUUUUGUGCCUUUUAAAAACCUUUUCAUGUUUUCUCAUAUUGAACUUCAUCCUCAGAUUUUGUUUCAGAGAAAAAUAACACUUGUGCAUAAUUGGAAGGUUUAGGAAACAGGAUUCCAACGUUUUCAGUUUUUUAUUUUUCUUUCCCUUUACAUUCAUGCUCUACUUUCUGUUGUUCUGACCGAUAAAAUUAAAUUAUUACGGUAAUACCAGAGGCAUCAUCUGAGCUGUUAGUAAUCCUGCUUUUAGUUUCUAUUGAUUUUAUUCGGAUAAUUUUUCUUGUUUUAGUCCUAAAAGUAAAAUUCAGACAAAGAGUCUUUAUUCUAAUGAGAUGAAGACAGCAGAUCUGCUUGGUUUGAUGAACCUUUUGAAGGAGUGUGAGGAACUCAGUUUAGAUUCUGUCCGCUUCAUCUUUCCUCAGUAUUAGACUUCGAUUUAGACAAUAUAAAUGUUACUUUACAUAACUUUCUAUUGUACAUUUUUUUUUGCAUUUCCACAUCUAUAGAGCCAAAUGAUAAAUAAUUGAGAUGAAAAUCAGAGGAUUCCUGUCAAACAUAUCUGUUCUUCAGACGGUCUUCUCUUCCUGUGAAGGUUUCUGUUUUUUUCUUUCCAGUAAAUAACACUAAGAUUUUACCAAACGAGCCAAUGAAUCAGAACACAGACUAAAUGAUCCUGCAAAAACCAAUCUUAUGUUUAGUCUGUGAUUCAAUUUAUUAUGAUUUUAGCAUAAUUUCAACCCUGCAGACUUAAUUCAUUGAACAGCAACAGUUGAACCGAAGGAAAUGUUUCCUUCCUGUUGCUACAGAAAACGCUGAGGAAGGAAGAAGCUGCUGGACGAGUCCACCAUGUUAAAGAAAACCACAGCUCAACUUAGCACAUUUUAGGCAGCGCUGCCUUCACACUUAAACCUCCAGCACUUUUAUGAACCCAAACCAACCAAUGAUUGGGAAAACAAGCACUUAAACGUUAGAACGAGGACGUUUUCCUUGCAUGAUUUAACCUGUGAUCUUUUGCACCACCAGCUCCCUCCAUUUUCUCAGAGCACAAAAAGAAAGCAGACGUUUUAUAUUUAAAACACCUCAAGAAAAAAUGUGAAUCGAGGUUACGAUCCGUUCUCAGGCUAACGGCGG